GAAGGCAAGACGAAAGCUGAGAUUGCCAGGCUCCUUGGUCGGUCCGAGCAGUUUGUCGCCAAGUGGUGGCAGAAGGACGAGCGAGAAAUUCCCCGACCCUGGGGUGUUCAUGAGUACAUGUCCAAAGAGCUCGGCACGAAAACUGCAACGAGCCAAGCCACGCUUUCUGAGAACUCAGAAGUCUCCACAGCCGCCUGGUGGCGGGACGUCGAGGUUCGACGGAAGUACCACGUGGAUGCCGAUGUGUACGACGAGCUCCUGAACAACACGGAGUGGAAGUCGUCCGCUGCUCGGACCAGAGACUUCUCCACUGGAGCCUCCCAUGUCAAGUACGACAAGGAGGGGAAGAUGAAGUUGCAGGGGAACCAGAGUGCCAAGUACACCAAAGGAUCAUCCCCGGCUUUUGACAAGAUGCUUCAGAAGUUCUUCUCGGAGUAUGGCCUGGCAGAGCGGACAUCCGGCAUAGGACUGAACUGGUACCCAGAUGGCGAUGCGGUGCUCGGAAGUCACCGCCACGAUUGUUGGACUGCUCUGUUCUCAUUCGGCGACGAACGCAUUCUGACGAUCGACAAGACGCCUCUGCUCCUUCAAGACUGCGACCUCGUAAUCUUUGGCACGCAGCGGCAUGGCGUCCCGAAGAUGCCAGAGAUCAAGGGCGGACGCAUCACGGUGCCGAUUUUCUUCUACCCCACCCACAUGCAGAUGAAGAAGCAGUGGCAGACUCUGACCGAUCCCGAGGAUCCCCGUCGCUCUAAUGAGCUUGCGAAGCUGCAGUCCACGCACCAGCUCGGCAGCGAUGUGGUGGGGCAGUCGUUGUGGAGUGAUCCUCAGCGCAGCUUGGCUUUGGAGCAGCUUUUACAGCUCGGCUUCGAUCUCGACGCAUCGCGCCAUGCGCUGCAGGCUUCCGCCUUCGACCCGGAGCAGGCUGCCGAGCUUCUCCUUCUCUCGGGAGCAGCGGACCUUGAUCUGGAUCAGAUCUCCGGAAGGACCCAGGCGGAUCUCCAGAAUGAAGAGGAGGAGGCCGCUCCUUCGGGCUCUUCGGGUCCUUUGCUACGCGGUGCUCGCUGGGCCAAGCGAGGUCCAAGCACGGCGGAGGAUGAGACGCUGGCUCUGAAACUGCAAUUCGAAGACGAGAGUUUGCUGCCCUUUGCUGCUGGAGCUUGCUGCGACAUGCAUGUCGAAGACAUGGAUGCCGCUAUUGCUGCGCAGAUGGAGGAGGAAGAGAAUGCUGGCGGUGAUGACAAAACCUUCCUCCUGGCACAGCAGUUUGAAGAGUACGAGCAGCAGAUGAAGCGUGAUGAUGCGGAGAGAUGGCAUGGCAAAGGUGAUCUCAUGCAGUCGAACUUCGCUCGGGAAAAUCUGUCAUUGCAGACCAUGGAGAAGGUCAUGUGCUACUCGCUUGGCCAUGGCCAGCUAAGCGAGAAGAGCUUCUAUGAGCUGCUCCAGGUGAGCUCCAUCAAAGUUGUCUACGACUUCAGAGCCAGCGACCACCGGGGAGAGGUGCAUUCACCGCAGCCACACUUCGCCGUCCGAGCGCUGAAAUCUAGCUGCCGGGUCCGGGGCAUUGCCUACAAGCACGUGGCACUGGGCCGAGAAUCUGCCUAUGGCAUCCUGAAACACGUGAAAACAGAUGAGGCGCAGCAUGCUCUUAUCGAGUUGGCUUGGCAUGCGAAGCGCGGAAGGACGUGCUUCCUAGGCUUCGACUCAAACUGGAAGCAUGACCACCGACAGGUCAUUGCUGAGGAGCUGGUGCUUGCGGGUCAUUCCGUGAAGCACAUCGAUAGUACUGGGGCUAUGGAAGACCACCAGCGCAUCGACAAGUGGCCGGACUUCCUCGUUCAGGAAGAGGACCGACUGCGCACAUUGGAGAAGCAGCGCCAGGCUGGCGACCUUCGUCGGCAGGAGAAGUCGGCCGUGGAUCGCUCAUCCGAGGCGGUCGCAGCAAAGCUCAUGAAGCCCCAGCAAGAGAUUGAUGCCAUGGACGAGCUGCGCGCGGCUUCCAACCAGGUGGAGCUGGAGCGAGCCCAGCGCAAUCUGGCACGGCUGCAGCGCAUUGGCGACAAGCAUGGGGCGCUGGCCAAUAAGAUCGUCAAGGCAGCGCCACAGUGGGUCCUAGAUCAAGCGAGAGAGCAAGUGGAGUGGAUAGCAAAGAAGAAGGCAGAGAAGAAGGCAGCCGAGGAGGACGAGAAGCAGGCCGAGAGCACGCCAAAAG